AUAAUAUAUAUACACAUAAUUGGGAUGAGUGGCGGGGAAUUGUCAUCUGCUAUCGGUUGGGAUGGCGAAGUUGUUAUUACCGUUGUGGGUUGCAACUCCAAAAGCAAAGGUUGAUGCGUUUGCGUUGUGCGGGCAAUUGAGUAUUCGAUGCAGUGAUGAAGAGAAAGAGAAGAAGAAGAAGAGGAGGUUGUCGAAGCAAUCGUCGUGGGAAGCCAAAGACGUGGAGGGAAGAGACUAUCUCUACAGGCUUGGCAAAGAGGCUGAUAACAUGAACAUCGCCGUUGGCCAGCGUGCCGGCAUCAUCGAUCCCCUUUUCGCCGGCGAUUUUCUCGGCAAAGACUCGGACGUUGUGUUCGAUUAUCGUCAGAAAGUGACGAGGUCGUUUCAAUACCUUCAGGGCGAUUAUUACAUCGCUCCUCUUUUCAUGGACAAAGUUGUAUGUCACAUUGUGAAGAACUACCUUGCUCAUCUACUCAAUACUAAAGUUCCUUUAAUUUUAGGAAUUUGGGGAGGAAAAGGACAAGGGAAAUCCUUUCAAACAGAACUUAUAUUUCAGGCCAUGGGAAUUGAACCUGUAAUUAUGUCUGCUGGGGAACUAGAAUCAGAGAGGGCUGGAGAGCCAGGAAGAUUGAUUCGUGAACGCUAUAGAACAGCAUCUCAAGUGGUCCAGAAUCAAGGAAAAAUGAGCUGUUUGAUGAUCAAUGAUAUUGAUGCUGGCCUUGGUAGAUUUGGGAAUACUCAAAUGACAGUCAACAAUCAAAUUGUUGUUGGGACUCUCAUGAACCUGUCGGACAAUCCUACAAGAGUAAGUAUUGGCCAAAAUUGGCGAGAAUCAGAUGUCACAAACAGAAUUCCAAUCAUUGUAACGGGGAAUGAUUUUUCAACUAUUUAUGCUCCUCUGAUACGUGAUGGAAGGAUGGAUAAGUUUUACUGGCAACCUAAUCAUGAAGAUAUCCUGAAUAUCGUUCACAGAAUGUAUGAGAAAGAUGGUAUAUCUCGAGCUGAAGUUGAAAGUAUUGUGAACACUUUCCCUAAUCAAGCAUUGGACUUUUAUGGAGCUCUAAGAUCUCGUACAUAUGACAGAUCUAUUUUAAAGUGGAUUGAUGAUAUUGGAGGUAUUGAAAACUUUGGAAACAAACUUCUCAAAAGAAGAAAGGACCAAAACCUUCCUGUAUUUAUUCCUCCAGAGCAAACAGUGGAUGCUUUACUUGAGUCAGGUUACUCUCUGAUCAAAGAACAACAGUUGAUAAUGGAAACUAAACUUUCAAAGGAGUACAUGAAGAACAUAGGAGACUAAUAUAAAGGAUGUUGCCGUGGUGCAAGUCCUCAAGAAUUAUGAUUGGGCCACCGUUUGGAAUCCUUAUAAAGUUGCUACAUCAUGGAUAUGGUCCACUUUCGAACAGGAUGCUUCUCUUUAUCGAAUUCCCAGUUUCUAUAACAAUCAUUAAUUAUCUGGACAUGUCCCAUUUUUAAGAUAAAGAAAUGCAUGAAAUGUUAUGCAAGAAUAGGGCACUGAUAUCUGGAAUCUUACGUUGCUGAACCGCUUAUUAGUGCAUCAUUAUAUUAUUAGAAUACCGUAAAUUCAAAGGUGUUGUAAUUAUUAUUUUAAUUUGACCUACUGGUGCUUUAUUCUAUUUAAAUCCAAGCAUUAGUGUAGGAAACAAUCAUCAAAAGGCCACCAAUGAGCAACCCAUCAAUGAACAACAGAAUGGGCACGACGUUUGCCUUGAAUCAUACCCUGCCAAUAUCCUGGAUGAUUCAUUGAAGUUUUGAAUAUGCUGUGAUAUGCACAAAUUAUUAAUAAAUUAUAAUUGAUUAU